AUGGAUAGGUAUCUAACAACAGUGUCUAAUAAAAAAGAUGCUCAAGACUCUCAAGGAAGCGAAAGCAGUCUACCGGUGGUGGAAGAGUCUGAAAAUAGAUUUCAGUCUGAAAAAAAAUACAAUCAAAAAUUUAAAGCUUCCUUGCUGACAAGCUACCCCUGGCUAGAAGAGUAUCAAGACACCCAAUCGACCCAAUGCAAUGCAAUUGCCAAAUGCAAAGUUUGCAACACUAAUAUUGUAGGAAGUUUGUCUCACAUAAAAAGGCAUGAAAAGACAUCCGUUCACACUAAAAAAAUGAAAACUUACAAAACUACUCCCUCUGUUUUAAAUGCAUUUCAGGACAAUAACUCGAGUGAGCGAAAAUAUUUAAGACGAGUUAAGGAAGUAGAAGUAAAAAUAGUGGCAUUCCUAGCUGAAAAUAAUUUACCAUUUUCAUUGGUAAACAAUUUUGUUCCUUUCAUUGGGUCAGUAGCACCUGAAUCAAAAAUAUUAAAAGAUAUACACAUAAAACGUGUAAAAGCAGCACAAAUUUGUAAUGCAGUUAUUGGAGCAAAUCAUGAAAAAGAGGUAGCCAAGGAUCUUCAAGUUUCUAAUUUUUCACUUAUAAUUGACGAGACCACUGAUAUCAGCUCCAAAAAAUGUCUUGCUGUUGUUGCUAGGUAUUAUAAAAAUGGAGUAAUUUCAGAUGUAUUUUUUUCUUUGAUUGAGUUAGAAUCAGGAACGUCAGAAUCUGUUUUUAAAUCUGUGAUGGAUUUAUUAAAUAAAUAUAAAAUACCAGUGAAAAACCUAACAGGAAUUGGUGCAGAUAAUUGCAAUGUUAUGAUGGGGAACGUUGCAGGUUUUAAGGCACUUUUACAAAAAGUAAACAAUUCAGCUAAAGUUAUUGGAUGUACAUGCCAUUCUUUAAAUCUGUGUUCAUCUUAUGCUUGUAACAAAUUGCCAAAAAGUAUGAAAUACUUUUCCAGAGAUAUUUAUAAUUAUUUUGCUCACAGUUCUAAAAAAUUGCAAGAACUAAAAGAGUGUCAGAUAUUUGCUGAAGAAAAACCACAUAAAAUCUUAAAACUGGCAAAUACUCGAUGGUUGUCACUUGAAAUGGUGGUUAAUCGCAUACUAGAACAUUGGAACUCCUUGACGUUAUUUUUUCAAUGA